UCCGAUGAUGCGCGUGCGGCCAUUUCGGGUAGGCUGUGGCGCGUUCAGCUCGUGCUUGCAGUUAGCUCAGCUGCUUGAAAAUAUUAACAAUAAAAACAAACGCAAAAACGUUGGACGACACGCCGUUAAAUAUGGGCCCGCCGGGAGACAGACCACGCCACAUGUUGACUGAAAGAACGGAGGAUUUCAGCCUGAUUGUUGAUUUAUCUUGACAUGGCAUGCGGCAGGGCCCGAGGUUGUGACGACUGAAGAAAACUAGCGCAGCCAACCGUCGACGUGAAAGAGAAAUUUGUUAGUUUCUUUCGCUAUUGAGCGUUCGUCCGUGGUUGCUCGUUGUUUUCCCUGAGUGAUAUUUUUUUAUUAUUAUUAUUAUUUUGUCAAAACACGGUUGGCGUAAAUUAAAGGUAGCUAAAAAUGCACAGCGCAGGCAGAGUCCGUUAGCAUCGGCUGUUUGUCAGUUAACAGUGGCAGUUAGGUUUGUCAGUUAGUACGCGAAAAAAUGUAAAAGCGUGCGAAGAUGACUGCGUUAGCUAGCCUGGUAUGCACAGGCCUCAAUCAAUCCAGUCGGUCUGAAGAUAAAGAUGUAGCUGCGUAAUUUCACUACUAGUUAGUGUUGGAUGUGAAUGCUUACACUGUAGCUAGUGUGCUAACAGAAAUAGACCCACAUCAUGACUAUCCACAGUGGCAGCAGCGCAGGCCGUGGGCUGAAUGAGUGGCAGUAAAAGUCAAGGAAAUGUCAAGUUACUAUUGCAGUAGUCUUCGAUGUUAUGUGGCGCCAAUAUCUUUUGGCAACUCUGUUUACCAGCCAUGUUCGUCUGUAUCCCCAUAAUAACGCACAUAACGCCUGAGAAACGCACAAUGACAGUCAUGGAUGAGGGACUUUGAAAUGUCGCAGAAUAUAAUACUGAAUAUGUGUUUGCUUGCUACUCUCUGUGGUCCUCUACUUCAUUAGUAUAUUGCCGAUAUGGGGUUUUAUUCUUAGGUGGAAUAUUUUCUGUUGAUUUCAGUAACGCUCCAAAGUUGCUUUUUCCGUUUAAGCCUCUUGUUAAUAGUGUUGAUGGGUGGCUGAGAAAUGGCUUAUUUGGUUCUUAGCUAAAAGUCAUGUCUUAAAACGUGGGUAUUCAAACAACUGAGAUGUGGUUUUUGCUUCUCGGCCAAUGUAGUCCCCCUCUGCCAGUUUACAAAAAAAAUUUUUAAAAAAUGACCUAGUUUUGCUUUUUGACAUUUCCAGUUUAGUGGACAUUUCAGAGAUUUGGUGUGGAGGUGUUUGAUGUGUUGUUGCAGCAAAGGGUAGCAAGCACACAGAGUAGUUUGAAGUAUUUUGCUUGAGAGAAGACGAUACUAUUCAAAUCCAACCAUGGGGGACCCAACCUCACGAAGAAAUCAAACGAGGAAUAGACUACGAGCUCAGCUUCGGAAGAAGAGGGAAUCUUUGGCUGAUCAGUUUGACUUCAAGAUUUAUAUAGCCUUCGUAUUCAAAGAAAAGAAGAAGAAGUCUGCACUUUUUGAAGUAGCUGAAGUGGUGCCAGUGAUGACCAACAACUAUGAAGAAAACAUCCUACGGGGUGUGCGGGAUUCUAGCUACUCUCUUGAGAGCUCCAUAGAACUCCUGCAAAAAGAUGUUGUACAACUACACGCGCCCCGAUACCAGUCAAUGCGAAGGGAUGUGAUAGGUUGUACACAGGAGAUGGAUUUCAUCCUUUGGCCACGCAAUGAUAUCGAGAAGAUUGUCUGCCUGCUGUUCUCCAGAUGGAAGGGGGCUGAUGAUGAACCCUUUAGGCCUGUUCAGGCCAAGUUUGAAUUUCAUCAUGGAGACUACGAGAAGCAGUGCUUGCAUGCUUUGGGUCGUAAGGACAAGGCUGGAAUGGUCAUGAACAACCCAACUCAGUCUGUCUUUCUCUUCAUGGAUAGACAGCACUUGCAGACACCAAAAACAAAGGCCACAGUUUUCAAACUGUGCAGCCUCUGCCUGUACCUGCCCCAGGACCAGCUGACCUGCUGGGGCAUGGGGGACAUCGAGGAUAACCUCCGUCCAUACAUGCCUGAUUAAGGCCUCCUGCUCCACCUGGCCACACAUGGGGAAAAGCCCCGUCCAUGCCUUUCUGCAUAAGCUUUCAGAAGCACAUUGAUGUACUCAUCUCCACCUGUUUCCAUUUCAAAGAUUUGAACUCGUGCUUGGACCUGUCCUUUUCGUUGCCUGUUUCUCCUCCCUGACCUGAAGUUAAUUCAGUUCCACCCCACCCGCCUGCCCCGCCCCCUCCUCCCCACCCUCACAUUUCCAGUGUUCCGCCUCUUCUCCCUGCCAUUUUUGGAUUGGUUUCCACUUUUUUUUCCCCUCCCACGCCAUUCCCUUCUACUCACUCGUUUGCAUCUUCUUUUUUUUUUUUUUCUUUUUUUUAACCUGCACGAACAUUGAUUUUUAUUGUUGGUUGUUCUCUUGGAGUCGCACUGUCAACUGCACCGGUCACUGAAGGAACUCUUGCAUCAAAACAGGAACAAACAAUCUGCAUUUCUUCAUGGUGGUUCAGAUGGACAUGGUUUAUAUCCUUAUCAUAAGAAAGGAUUGUUAAGGCUUGUUUGUAAUGUCAGUGGGGUAUCUAGAACAACCAGUCUUGACCCAAGGACAGGUGUCAUUAAGUGAGAGGGUAAAAAAAAAAGACACCUGCUAACGAGAUGAACAAUAUUUGUCAAAUAAAAUCACAUGGUGUAGGUAUUGCGCUUACAAACCGCCUUAGUUUCUUUCCCUGGACAUGGUUUGGUGUAAUUUACGUUCUCUGCAACACACAGGUCUUUGAUAAAAUGUUUGACCUCGAAAGGCAUUUUAUACGACAUGUUGGUUAGAUGUCAAAGGUCAGGCUGUUCAUGUACUAUUCAUUUAAGCUGCUCAAGUCUGAUGUUUGGGAUGUGGGUUGGCAAGACGAAAUGUGAUCUAUGUUUAAACUUAACACCUAACAAAAGUUGCUAAAAACUAACAUUUAUUUUCUUGUAUUUGACCUAAAAUUAAUUUGCUGCCAUGUUAAAGUUGAAAUUGGGUUUUGCAGGCUUGCUUUUCAAAGAGAAUUAAGUACAUAGUGCAUUUUUUUUCUUUUUUGCGCUCCUUGUUGAUUGUGUGUUCAGUUGAAAAGGUAUAAGGUGUGUACUGUUUCCCUGUCUCAAAUCAAUACUGCUGAGCAUAUCCCAAUACAGUGCAAAUUCUGAAUGCA